AUGUACGUAUACGUGGACACAUACGCACACAGAGGUUGCCACAGCGAAGACAAGCGCCCCGCCAUCCUCUACACCCUCCUCAGCCAGAACCUCACCCACGGCCGGGGCGGCCGCAGCCCGGCCCACCAGCGCUGCCUCUGCCACCAGCGCCGGACCGUCUGCCUCCGCACACCCCACGUCACCUGCCGGGCGGCCUCCAACGUGCUGGUAAAAACCAUCAGCUUCAUGAAAAACCUCCCUUCCUUCCACCUGCUGCCGCGAGAGGAUCAGCUCCUGCUGCUGGACAGCUGCUGGGUUCCCCUCUUCCUCCUGGGGCUGGUCCAGGAGAUGGUGACCUUCGAGGUGAUGGAGACCCCGGCCCCCAGCAUGCUCAAGAAGAUCCUCCUCGACGGCCAAAGCAAACAUCGGGAGCCCGAGCGGACGCAGCCCACGCUGGCCGCCGUGCAGCGCCUGCAGUGCUGCCUGAACACCCUUUGGAGCCUGGACCUGAGCCCCAAGGAAUACGCCUACCUGAAGGGAGCCCUUCUCUUCAAUCCCGACGUCCCCGGGCUGAGGGCGUCCCUGUACAUCGAGAGCCUCCAGCGGGAAGCCCAGAGAGCGCUGCAGGAGGCAACCUGA